UACGUCUUGGAUUUGGGUGAGUGUUUCUCGUUUCUCUUGUUGUGUUUUUAUUAACUUAUUUUCUUUCUUCUCACUUUUGCUUCUUUGCUUGCUAUGCAGAAUAACACUGCUGUUAGCGGUGCUAGCCACUGAAGUUAGGACCCAAAACCCGCCCCCAGGGUUUGUGACAACAGAAUGUCUGGGACACUUGAUGAUGAUUAUGCUGGAUAAGUCUUUUCUUGUGGGGAAACAUUUCCGCAUCGAUAUUAUUGAUGUCAAGGGGACUACCUUUAAUCUCUCUCCAAGGCUGGCAACACAGUGUGGAUAUAGCUUAACCGUUGACUUCUUGGGGAAUGCCAGGUUACAUGCUUCUGUGCUGAGCUGCUUUAUUGUGAACACGAAUGAUGAGACCUACCGCCUCUCUGUACUAAUCCGCGUUUCUCCCAAUGGUGAUAUGUCCUCGGCUUCCUCCUAUGCACAAACUGUGACUUGUGUUUAUUCUCAAUGGGCAGCAAGGGAAAUUCUAUGUGAAAGAAACUACAUGGAGGUUUCCGUGAGACGAGGCAUACCACUUAUUGACCCAAACGUUGCUCAAGAUGAGCCUGACUGGGUUAACAUAUAUCCUGAGGCAACUGCUGCUGACCAUGCAAUCUGGCAAGUAGUGUUUCAUCUGGCACAAAAUAAAAAGAAAGAGAUGACUGUUGCUCAGGCCAUGUUGAGUGGUUAUGGAAUAAACACUACCCCAACCAGAGUUAUGCUAAGAGCUGCCUACAAUGCAACAGAAACUCAGCCUCAGCUAAUCCAAACUGUACCAAUGGCAGUCCUAAGGUCAACUACCUUCUAUAAGCAAAGAUGGAUGGUCUUGAUGGUGGACACUGCAAUUGCAUGCCCUACUGAUGGUACAUCAUUCACAGAGGAGAUGAUUGCAUGGAAAGUUCCCCGUGUCAUACCUCCCCUUGUUCCUACAGCACCACUUACUAGCCUCAGUGUUCAAAUGGGAAUUGAUGGGCGCAAGCUUGACCCGGCAACAGUUAGUAAUAGAAGAUAUGUACUGGAUGUGGGUCCUGAGCUAAUCACGGUUAAAAUUCCAGUGGGCGCAGAUGGUGGAUAUUAUAAGAGUGAUGUCUUGAACAACACCUAUGCGAUUUCUUAUUCUAUUGCUCCAAUGCUGGAGCAUACCUGGCAGGAUGUGACUGAGAAGACCAAGCACACUAUACUUCACCCAAUAACCACUCCUUUGAUGCCUAGGCCACCUUUUGUCAUAAACAACACUGUUCCUAAAGACCGAGUGUUCAAUGUGACCCUGGGGAUAUUCCUGCCUGAUGUGGAUCUUGUCGACAUUACAUUUGGACUUGAGACUUUGACUGUGCCAGAAGCCAAUCUGAAAGGGUAUAAUAUCCAGGAGCACGUCUUUCCCAAUGGAUCCAAGACCUACACGCUCCAGGUGCCAUUUGUGGACCCCAAUGUAAAGAAAGAGGUAACUCCUCCAGACACCAGAACUUAUAUUCUACCCCUGACCUACUUGCUGAAUAUUGUGCCAGAGAACAAGCCUUUUACCUAUCCUGCUGAAGUGCAAGCCUCUGUGAAAGAUAUCAUCCUACCUACAGUAACUGGCUAUUGUGAUGUUGCUGCAUUCUAUGUCAUGGUAAAAUAUGGCAACAUGGGUCGCAACUGGAUUCCUUAUGUGGGCUCAAGAGAACUUGGUGGAAGUUUGCUUGCCCUGUACAAAUAUAAUUCUAAUGCGACACAUUUCUGGAUCACUGUGCCUUACAGUGCAAUUGAUGCCACAUAUGAAGUGAUCAAAUCUUCGGAGAUCAGGAGCAGGCUGGACUUGACCUUGAAGGAUAUUGAGACCACGUUUGUGCUGACUAGCUUCUCUCUGUCCUGUGGCUUCCCUACGAAGAUGAUUGGUAACUAA